CCGUGGGGAGGGAGAGAGACAGCAAUGCUGAGGCAGUACAGCUGUACAGUUGCACUGAAAAUAAGACACAUGGAUGUUACCGAGAGCUGCCAGUUCCAAAAAUUAUAAUCGAGGAAAAAAAGCCCGUAAAAAGCAGAUUAAAAACCGAGGGGGUGGGAGGGCGCACUUCAAAAAAACAAAGAUCCGUUUUAACCGAAACUUGAUGAAAAAGUGACAUUUCAAGCGUUUUUUUUGUUUUGCUAAAGAAAAAAAAAAGAGACAUGUUCCGCGCGUUUUCCUUCCCUAUGAGCCUGGAGCGCAGCAGGAACAAGGACCGUUUGGAAGCGAGCCUGGCCGGUCUGUGUGAACUGGAGCUGCUCAAGCAGCGGCAGGAGUACCUGGUGCUCAGCGCCCUCCAGAUCGGGGAUCACAGCCCGGGGCAGCGAUGGGCAGGCGGCGCCCCAGCCGCUCACCCGCCGGCUCCCGUCAGCCGAGCCCAGGGGGACCUGACUUUGAGGCGACAGCUGAACAGUCUGAAGGGUACUCCCUGGGCGCUGAUGGCCUCUCUGGAGCAGCAAGUGGGGGAGCUGAGGGUCGACGCCGAGACCGCCUAUGCCGAGCCCCCCUCUGAUGUGGGAGACAGCCGGCCGAGCUCAGGUUUUUACGAGUUAAGUGAAGGCCCUUCGCCUGUCGGCCUGUCGGAUUCCUCUGUCUUCAGGGAGUUCCAGCCCAGCUACUCCUCCCGGGCCGGUGGGCCGAGCGACGCCCGCGUCAGUUAUGCCAGCGAGCGGCCCAAGUCAGUCGGGGACCUCUUUGUGGCCAACCGGGAAGGCUUACUGGACAGUGGUCCUCGCACCAUGGUGCCCCGCUCCUUCUCCGCCCCUUACCCACGCUCCCUGGAGGGCAUUUCGGAAGGGACCGCUGCCGAGGAAGACCGCUGGCCCUGGGACCCACCAUACCUGGGGGAGUUUGAGGAGGACCAGCUGUACCCCGGGGAUCAGCCCACGUCGGAGGACAUACAGCAGGCCCACCGCGUCGAGAACUACAUCCUGGGCCUGAUCCAGAGGAGAGCCCUGCCUCUUCGCCCUUCCAAACCCCGCACCAACCUCAACUCUGAGCCCCACAAAGGCCUGGCUCGGCAGAACAGCCUGUGCCGGAGGCCCCUGGAGCCGGGGUACCACCAGGGUGGUCAUGGUGCCAUCUCCCCCAGCUACGAAGGCCCCACCUGGGGCUGUAGGAGCCUUGAUGAGGAUGGGUAUACUGGAAUGCCUUUGAACUCUGAUGAGAGCUUCUCCUACAUUUAUUCCAGGCCCAAGCCCACACCUUUGGCUGCAGUGCGCCCUGCUUCCCUAGACUAUCCUUGCAGUGCUGCUUUGGAGCCAACCAGCAGUGACCAAGAGUCCCCAGAACACUACCAGGGUUAUGCAAUGCACAGAUCGCCUCCAGCUGAUGACCAAAUGGUCAGUGCCCAAUACAUUCCAGCUCAGCAGGCUUGUCGGGCUCAGCAGUCCAGUCGGAACUCCUCCCAGAGAUCUUCGGGCAAGCCUGGGAAGAGCCGAGCAGAGGUUGUCCGCUAUUCCCCAGAACGCUGCAAUCCCAGACCCAAAGGUACCCCCAAGAAAUGCCGCUUCACCGAAGACAAGCCAACUCCCCGGAAGCCGGGAAGGAAAGCCUGCCGAUCCCAGUCGGAGAACAGCCUCUUUGGCCAGAGGAUGGCUUUGGAUCGAAAGUACAACACAAUAGAUCGAGACGGGGGUGCCCGAGGAUGCCAGUCUAGGCAGAGGCGCCAGCAACCAGGCAACACCUGCUACCGAAAGUGGAGAUCCACCCUGGAGAUCAGCCAGGAUGAGGGGGAGAUCCUGCCGGGGAAUCAGGCCCCAAGACGCCUUCGCAAGCCCCCUCGUCAGCCCCCUCCCUACCCCUACAACCAUCCUUAUCCUGAGACUGACUUCCAGGAGCGUGCUCCCCUCUGCCGGCCUGAAGAGGGGUACCCCACCCCCUGCCUGGGAGACUCCGAGUCGAGCCUGAGUGAGGCUGACUCCCCGGGCUCCAGCUCCCUCUCCAGUGAUUCGGAUGAGAGUGGGGGGCUGGUGUGGCCCCAGCAGCUGCCCCCGCAGCUGGCUCGGCCCCCCUCACCCUCCUCUCCCCCCUGCGGCCCCCAGCCGAAGGCCUUCAUCAAGAUCAAGGCAUCCCAUGCACUGAAAAAGAAGAUCCUUAGAUUCCGCACUGGCUCGCUCAAGGUCAUGACAACUGUCUGAGAGCUGUCUCCCAGACCUGACAGAUUCACCCUUGAAAGCUUGAAAUAUAUAUAUAGAUUUGUGGAGACAGUGAUAGCAGAAUGACAACUUUAAGUGCUUCAGUGUUCUGUUUCGUCAUUCUGUUUGCUCUGCUGCAGUGAUUUCUGGAUUUAAGUACCAUCUGAUGUGGCCUCACGGGAGAAAAGUCUAAUUCUUUAACCUGGGUCAGGUGAAGUGGAGGAUUUUUCUCUGACAAAGAUUUAAAACAGCACCCAAACUGGCACUCCCCCAAAGGCAAACUGAGAGGCCCGUGAGUCACGUCUGUGCUUUAGCUGGGUCUCUGUUAAUGUCUUGACCUUGUUCAAGACCAGGCCAAGAGGUGGCUGCCUCAGCUCUGGCCGCAGGGUCUCUUUCAUGAUGUCAUCCUUCCCAUCAGCUUAUCUCGUUCUCACUGCGAGUGUCGUCAACAAGGGUCUCAAGGAAAGGGGAUUGGCUGAAAAAGUGACGUUCUACGACACAAGAACUGAUUUCAUUUAGAGGGACAUCAAAAAUAUCUGCAUGCUACAAAGUAAAGGUAGACAGUUAAAUGUGUAUUUUGUCCUGCAGAUUUUGUGAAAGUGUAGUGUCAUACACAUCCCCAUCGAGGACCAGGCAUCAUAUUGGUUACAUGUCUGGAAUAGGCAGAGCCCUACAGAGGACAUACUUAUCAGUAUUUCAUGCACAUUUUCAAGUUUUUGCUCCACAUUUCGGUAAGGGUUCUGCAACCCAACCCUUAUUGGAGACGCUCGGAAAAGACUAUCAAAAUGAUCAUAUUAAUAAUCAUCAUGCCUCUGACUCAAAUAGACAACUUGUGCCUCCCGUGCAACACCCUCCCUGCCAUUUCUAGAUUAUGAGAAGGUAAACCGCAACAUGGUCAUCAACCUACAGUCGGCACAAAUUCACCAACAGGCGACCAGUUCGGACUGACUACCAGCCCUACACAAUGCUGGUUGCUUUGGAUCUACUAGGGGAAGUAUGACAUUGCUCAGUUAAAGCAGCUGACGAAGUCUUCAGCACAGCACUGCCACUGGGAUCCCAUGGACCUGCCUGCUGGGCUGAGCUUGAUGAAUCUCCUUUUAGAUUUCAGUGACACAGUAGAGUCCUUCUGGCCCCAGCAUCUGUGCGGUGUCACAGCUCUUGUAUAUAUCUGUACAUACCUUCCUGUGGCCUUGUAUUUAUGAAUGUGGUCUGUAAAUAAAGCUGUGAUAUUU